AUGGCUGUCAAUUUAUUUGUCUUUUGGCAGACGGUGGCAGGUGGCAUCUCCACUAUUGGAAUGGUAUUAGUGAAUGCAGAUGCACAUGUUCCUGAUUAUAGAAUUGAGAAAGGGUUCCGAAAUCGGCUUCCAUUCAUUGAAGUAAGACUUGGCGAUGUUGUUCGAUUUGUGUGUCCAGACAAUGAGGGACGAAGUAAUGGAGAAUAUUUGACGAUCUACGAAGUCACGGAAUUCGCAAGAGACGAGUGUGCUCUGGAAUCAAAUAAAAGAGAAGUCGUUCGAUGUGGAGUGGAGACAAAUGCUGAAAAAUUGAUCCGAUCGCAUCAGCUGCCUGUUUUGAAUCCAAAGCAACCGAUACCACCAAAGAAUGUUGCACAAUUCAUCAGACCUGUCAAUCCGAUUCCGAAUGGAAAAGAGUAUCAACCUGGCUUAACUUACUACUUUAUAACAACCUCAAAUGGAAAAGCCAGUGGAAUUGACCAGAAAAUGUACGGCCUUUGUGAAUCUCAUAACAUGCGUCUCUCAAUGAAAGUUUCGCCGAGUCAACCAUCGGCCUCAACAAUCAAACCGAAGGCACCGACUCGUCGACAAGAGGAUUCUGUGACGAAGUCAAGCGCCGAGAUGAUGGGUGGACAGGAGGAUGAAGACUCGGAGAAUGACAACGCCCAUCUGCUUCCAAGAGAUUUAGAAAUUGCGACUAAUCCAAAGUUCCGAAGGCCUUCCCAAUUCGAGCAAGCUGCUGUUUCGGCUGGAGUUCAGGAUCAGCAACUGCUCAAAGUGAUUCAAAUGGCAAAAGAAGGAAAGACGGGAACGUUUGAGAAUGAUAGACAAGCAGAAGCACACAAAAAUGCAGAGAAAGAAGCAUGGCAUCCAGUUAGUGUGCAAUAUGUGGCUGACUUGAUGAACACUGCCUAUAAGAAUGCAGAUGAGCGAGUGACGUAUCAAAGAGAUCCUGAUUUCUUGAUACACGAAGAAGACUUCUCCGCAAAUUCGUUGGAAUACUCUUCUUCAUCGCGUUCUCUGCAAUCAUUCAUAGCCAUUUUUGUAGCUGUUGUGUUCUUAUUUUGA